AUGUGGACGCUAGUUGUGCUACCGCCAUCACCAAGCCCAAUCCAUGUUUCCACUCCAGAUCAAUCCGAAUCUGUCCCCGGUACCUCACCUCCAAUCGAACCCGAGAAAUCGAACUCUGACUCUCAUUCAGCAAAAGAUAGCAAUGCUGAGCUAGACUCGGAGAAUUGGGCCUACGGUUCUAAUGUCAACCAGGACUCGUCUUCUAAGGCUAUUGAAGAUUCGGACAAAACGGAACCUGUGUCACCUGUUUCGCCUACUCAAAUCGAAUUUGAACUUCUACUUGAGCUUUCACUUUCAAUGGGUCCGGAGGAUUCCACACUCGAUGUUGAUCCAUCAGCAAGCGACAGCAGAUUCAAGCCGAUAUCAACAAAAUCGAGCGAUGAGACUAAUACUGGUCGGGACGCGCAUAUUAAGAAACCUAGGUCGUCCCCAACACCUGUUCUUCAAUUCCGACCAGCCAAUCUAGAUUUAAAUCAACCUCCUUUCAGAUUUACUUUCAAUUUUUUAACGAUAACUUCAGCUCAAUUUGAAAUGGAUUCAGAUGAUUCAGAUUCAGACUUUGAUCCAUCAGCAAGUGAUGGCACCUCUGAGCCAUACUCCGAUAAUUUGAGCUACGAGUCGGAUGCUAGUCGGGACUCUCUUAUCCCUGAACCUAGGUCAUUCUCAACUCCUGUUCGAUGGCGACCAAUAUUCGGAAAUCUAGAUUUGAAUCUUUACAGAUUUACUUUCAAACCACCUCCAGCUGAACCGUCUACAUCUAACCUCAAUUCGCCGCAAGCCGUUUCCCCUCAACCUGAAGUCAACAUCACCUCGGCUCUCAGAGAUGCAGGAGAUGACACUAUAGCAUAA